AUGAAGGGAGUAAUGCGGAUUCAGGUUGCCAGAGGGAUACAUUCCCUAGUGGCCAAGUCAUCGGAGGGCAAGCUAAAAAAAGUAAAAAGCUACAUCAGCAGCUACCAUGAGAAUACCGCGGAUCCGAAGAGGAAAAACAGAUACCUGGGGUUACUCAGGAAUAUUUACCACAUCAUUCCGUCUAGGUUUAAUGAGACGGAGGUGUGGGAGCACUUCUUAACUGCCCUCAAGCAGGACAGGUGCUUCACUCAGUUAAAAAGUAUUGUGAAUAGGAACUCGCUCGUCUACCCUUCUCUGCUGUGCAGGCAAAUCGUGUUCCUGUACUACAUCGGGAUGGACGAUGAGGCAAACCGGCUGGUGGACCAACUGAAGCGCAAGCUAACCAAAUGUGAAGCGGAAAUGUUCCACGAGUGCGACUCCAAAGUGAAUGAAGACAUGGGCGAUGUGAUCAAAAUGUUAUAUGUCCUGUACCACUUAAGAAAGACCAAGCAGAAUUACAAAGACGUGGUUCUCCUAUGUGACAAGUAUAUUUGUAAUACUAAGCGGGACCCCCUCAACAAUUUGAAGUACCUCCUCUACUUCCACCUCUUUUAUGUUCAAAUGAAUCACUCCUUCAGCAAAAUGCACAGGUGUAUCGAAAUGAAGAAGCACCGCAUGAACGUGGAGCAAAUGAUGCUCCUCAUUCGUUAUGUGAAUCUUUACUUGAAGCGCCUGUAUUUACGUGGCGUUAUCCGGCAUAGGGGAGAUCGAUCAGGUAUGGUAGUUGGUAGACAAGGGGAUAAUUCCCCCGAGGAGGCUACACACACCAUGGAUAAUCACUCCCCAUGUGAACGGGAGAAGGAGGUGCUGAAGAAAAUACAGAACGAGUUAGAUAUAUUCCUGGGCAACCUACUUAGAAUAAAUAAAAAUGAAAAGGACCACUACGUGUUUAGUAGCUUUGAUGAUAUUGUAAUAAACCAGGGGAAGAUGGAUCACACUUGUUCUCCCCCACCUGCUCCGCAGAGCCAUUCUGAAAGCAAGUCUUUAUGUAGGAGCAAUCCCCUCUUGGGAGAAGGAGGAGACAUGUUCCAUGCCCCGGAGGAUCGCGAUGGAGGACCCACGUUGGGAAGGGGCGACCCUCCUCUCCUCCACACAUAUCAGGUGAAGGGCGCCCAAUUGGGGGAAUUGGCCCAAGUGGGGGAAGUGGGCCAAGUGACGGACAGAGACCUCAUACUGUACAGAGACAUCUACACAGCCUUCACAAACGAAGUCAUGAAAAGAGUGCUGAUCUCGAAGGAACCUUUAGGAACAGACACCCUCUGGAACAACUUCCUGAGCAGCAUGUUUAGGGACAACUUCAUACACUUUAUGGUGGAUAAAAUGAAAAGCAAAGUGAAGGUGCUAAACGAGGAACAAUUUUUUACUUACCUCAAACAGGUAAAAUUGUUGAAAAUAGGAGAACAUCCUUCCGUCACCAGCAUACUGCAAAUAUUUUUUAAACAUUACUCAAUUAUUCAAAUGAAGUCAUUGGACAAUUUUCUCAUUGCAGACAAGAUGACCUACUACACAGACAUUUUUUGCAAAUGUCCUUUUGUGCAAAAAUAUAUUCUGAACAUGUACAGGCAAAAUUUGAACUCUUUUAAUGUGAAAAUUUUGAAAAAAAUUUUGGCCAAGUUGUUUUACUUUUUAAAACAAGAUAAAUCUCUCAUUAACGGUUUCGAUGUUCUUAUAAAAAAUAUUUUUGUAAAAGUUGGAGUACAUGGAUCAUUUAGUGAUAUCGUCAUGGUUUUGCACACACUCAGACAAUAUAAUUUUUACAAAAAUGGGGUGAAUAAUGGGCAUUCAAGAAGAAGGGAUUAUUGGGGGGGGACUUGGCAUGAUGACAUUUCCGUACCUUUGGGGGGACCCACCCUUGCCUACGACGAAGUGAAGAAAAAAAUGCUUUCCUUCUUUGCGCCCAUCUGUGCAACGGACAAGUGUGACGAGGACGAAAUUGGGUUAACUCGCGGGGGCGACAAGAUGGACGGCCUCUUCCACUUGAGCGCCCCCCGUCUGGACUAUAUAAGACGUGGCGGUAGGACAUAUACCUACGCCAACCGAGGCAGUGAGUACCACUCCAUUUGCGAAUACAUGCUGUACAGAACGGUGAUCGAGAAGAUGCAAGUGGGAGAGAAGCUCCGCUACGACAAGUACUUUGAUCAUAACAUCAUCCUCAUGAUGAACAAGCAGCUAGCAAAAUUGUUCCUACUCUUUGUGAGCAAAUUUUUCUCAGCCAUGAGGACCGGCCACAGCCCCCUAAACAUUUUCGACUGCAUUAAUAACUCUGUUAGCGAAGGCGGGGAAAAGGCAACAAAUAUAUUGGGCGGUGUGGAAAGCAGCUUUGGCGGUGCGGGGAAGGCGGGGGCACACGAGAGUGAUCAGAGUGGACGUAGCGGCACAGGCAGCGGCAGUAGUCUCUUUGAGGAGGAGUUCCCAUUUGGCGACGCAUUGUCUGUCCGCUCCUUCACAAAGGACAAGUUCGGGAUCCCCACCCGAGUGCUGCAAACCUACGCACAGAAGCACCCAGAGGAGUACGCCGCCGUGAAGCGCUUUGGCGAUUUGCUCCUACUCACCCUCAUCGACCACUUGCUCUACUUUGAACUAAAAGGUUCCCACUUUAUACAUUUCUUCUUGAGAUUAUUCGAAGAGAACUCAUGGCCCCUCUGUACAUAUCACCAUUUUUUUUUUUAUCGAAUGUUUAAAAGCUUCAAGUACAGUCAGAUAAGUGCCCGGGACAGGAGGUGCGUCCGGGAGGGGGACGACGCUGCGGGUGACGCGGCGGCGGGAUACCUCUCCUCAGAAGAGGCGUUCGAGAGGCGCAGACAGCAGAUCGUCGGUAUUUGUAGGGCGAAGGUGAUGUCGGCCAUCCGGCGCGGUCUGGGCGUGCAAGGGGGAGACACAAAGAAUGAAGUAAACGUGGUAAACAAGGUAAACGUGGAGGACGCGGGAGGAGCGAACGAAGGGUACAACGUGGACUGCCUGAUCAACCUAACAUUUUGCCACCUCCAACAGGAGGACAUAAUCGACCUAUUCAUAAGCACCUUCCUGUCGGCGCUAAACGACUACCUGAAAUGGAAGGGAAAAGACGCAGUUGUGAAGUACGCCCUUGCUAAGGACCCCACAGAACAUACCAGCUCGAGGGACGAAUCAGCGACAGAAACGACUGACCAUCACACUACCAUCAUCAAUUUUAACGACUUUGCACAAAUUAGAAAAUUAUUUAACGAACAUGGGGAGAGUCAAAAAAUGAAAGUCCAAUCUAAAGAGCUGAUUAGAAGGUAUGAAUUCUUUUACCUGAACAUGAUAAGUAGGGGCAGAUGUAGUGAUGCCUUGGAGGACCCUUUUCCCACCCGAGCCGACUACCUGUGUUACGCAGAUUUUGUAUUCCACAGGGGGGGAGCGGGAUGCUCUGCGCAGGAUCUGUUGCGACUCGCCAGGGGGGUCCAUAAGUACGGCCCCUGUGACCAAGUAGAAAACCUACUGGGAAGCAUUCAGGCGUCUUGGAGCAGUUGCGUACACAUGGACAGGGGAGCCAACUUCGACGUAGAUUACGAAGUGAGUGGCUACGUUAACUUCAACCCUAGUGCUCAGUCCAACUCCAUCACCGUGCAUAUCAGCUACCUCCUCCUCACCGUUUCCGUGAAGAAAAUUUUGCUGGAAGACGUAGCACCCGUGUUGAAUCAAAUUAACAAUGAAUUAGCAAACGGUGCAGAUAUCCCCCCCUUUUGGCGUCUCCUAUUGGUGCAACUUAUUUAUAUGAUUAGAAUUCAGGGGUUGUUUUCAUUCGACCUGAUUUGCUCCAAGUACAAACAGCUCACCCUCUUGUAUACACGAUCGAUUAGCCAAAUGAGAAAAGAGAGACAAAGGAGUAGGAGUACCCAGUGCUCCCGUUAUGGUGAUAACAUGUGGACACACGAGAUUGUAAAAUAUUUGAAAGAUCAGAAGAUCCCCUUUGAGGAACAAGUGCACCUGGUAGACAGUCCAUUCACAUUCGACAUUUAUAUACCCUCCUUGAAUCUGUUUCUCCUGGAUGGAGAGAAGUUUCUUUUUUGUGAUACCUUUAUACGUUGUUUGCAGGAUAACCUGUUUAGCCACAUGGAUUCAACGGUGGUUCAGGUGCACGAGGGGUGCUACCACUGGUUGGUGCGUCAUAGUGAGGGUGGUGAUGAGACAAUCGAUGUGGCGGUUAAAGGGUGGGCAGUGUAG